GAUUGAUCGAUCGAUGGCAGCAUCUCUACAACCCCGGCUGCUCUCUGCGGAUGAUUCUAUGUCCAGUGUGUCUGCAACCUGGUUCAGGAAUCACAGUCUCUUCAAUCUCGCUCUGAGGCAAAGAAACUGAGACUGGUCUUGGAUGCCUUGGAUGAGAUAGUGCAUGUACUCAGAAUAUUUCUUCCAGUAGGUUACAUCAAAUGGAGCAUGCUGACUCUGCUCCCAGUCUUUCAAGUAGAGGAGGUUCUGAAAUAGAAAGCAAUUAUCUGGAGACGGGUCUCUAUAUCACAUCUUUUGCUGCUACAAUUUCUGUUGCUGCACUUUUCGCAGUUGGGCUUUUAUUCAUUACAUUGCUGAUAGCAUUAGCUUUCAUGUUGCAAUCCUGUCAAAGUAGGAGUUCUGGAGUUAUUCAGCUUCUGGAAACAAGUAAUGACUAUGGUUAUUGCAAGGUUUUUGCUCUACAUGCAGAGCUUAAUGCAUUGGAAACUGAUGAAUUUCCGAAAGUUUGCAAGACACUUGCCAUUCAAUAUGUCAAAGAAGGUCAAUAUCUAAGAGAUUUGAAGUUGACCAUGUCGGUGGCGGAGAGCUACUUGAGCAGUUUAGCACCACAAAAUGAUGGUUUGGAUGUUGUAUUGAUCGAUUUGGAUGAUAUUUUUCUGUCAAAUCCCUGUACUCGUCAACUGCACAACCGACUUGGUCAGCAUGACAUGAAUGAAUGGGCUGAAGAGGCGAAGCAUCUAAAACGCAUGCUUGUUCUGGGAUUGUACAAGAAGCUUCAAGCUAGAGGCUGGUCCUUGAUUCUUAUCACCAGGAAGCCUGAGGAACAGAGGAAUGCUGUCCAAGAGAACCUCGUUGAUGCAGGAUAUGGGGGUUGGUCUUCCUUGAUUAUGAGAUCAGAUGCUGAAAUGCAAAUGGCGAGCUGGGAAUACUUAUCCGGGAAAAGAGCACAUCUGCAAAACCAGAGCUUUCGUAUCACAAGCGUGAUUAGCAGUCAGCUAGAUGCUUUAACUGGACCGUGCAUAGGAAAACGUAAUUUCAAGCUUGCAAACCCUAUUUAUUACAGGUUAAAGGAUCAGAAUAACAGUAUCCAACUGCUACGAUAGAAUAUGUCCAUAUUUACAUUGUCCAUGUGCAUUCCCCUGUAAAUACUAAAGAUUCUUUUUGGCUACUAAAUAGAACCUUUUGAGAAGAAUCCCAGUGAGUACCCCCCCCCCUAUUCCAUUUCAAACACUUCUGAAUUCAGCCAUUUUAUGGCCAAUAAUGUUGCCUUUAUGUUGGAAAUGUACAUAUCCUUGAACAUGAGAGCUAAGCAAAGAAGAUUCAUGGAAAAUUUGAUUGAA